UUAUUAUACCUGUGCGCGUAUGGUAUGAAAUAACAGAAGACGAGUCCGUUUUGUCUUAUGUUCAAAGGGUCCUAUCCAUUCGGGAACCACAAGUCUUGUCUACCAGCCACAUCUUUUGGGUUGGGACACACCCACACUGAGACUACGAAAUUCCCUUGUUGGCACCGAAUCCUUAUCAAAUUCGUUCCUUCACACGGCUGAGCAGGCAGACACUGUUACAUAAAAGCAAACAGCUUUGGUGAAGAAGAAGGAGGAGGGAAUGAUACGAGAACAGCGUGCUUAAUUUUAUAAAAGCAAGAAACAAACAAGUACAAGUUAACGGAAAAGGAGGUGUGAGGUGGUUUGAUAGGUUCGAGAAAAUGUUAGCGGAUGAACCGGAAUCGGGUGUUUCGAAUUUCGAUCUUCCCGAGGAGGUGCUGCAAGCUCUGCCAACGGAUCCUUUCGAGCAGCUUGACGUGGCCCGCAAGAUUACUUCCAUUGCCCUCUCGACGCGUCUCAACUUCCUCGAGUCAGAAGCCUCCGCCCUUCGCGCCAAGCUCGCCGAGAAAGAUUCCCUCAUCGCCGAGCUUCAGUCCCAGGUCGAAUCCCUCGAUGCCACCCUCUCCGAAGCCGCUGAUAAGCUCGUCCGAGCCGACCAAGAUAAGGAGAGCUUGCUUAAGGAGAACGCUUUGCUUUCUAAUACCGUGAAGAAGCUCAAUCGAGAUGUCUCCAAGUUAGAAGUUUUCAGAAGGACGCUUAUGCAAUCGCUUCAAGAGGAUGAAGAAAAUUCGGGAGGAGCAUCGAAUAUUGUUGCUAAAAUACAAAGUCAAAAUAGUCUGUCUUCCGCAUCACAGAUUGGAGAUGAUGAUUCCUCAUUACCACCUUCUAGAACUUCUUCAAUGAGAGGCCAUAUCUCUGAUACAGGAUACUCACUGGCUGAUGAUCGUGAAGCUGAUGCCACUAGACCCCGAGUAUCACAUGGUCUCCUCUUAGCAUCUCAAACUAGCACACCUCGGAUUACUCCUCCUGGUUCUCCCCCUAGCCUGUCUGCAUCAGUAUCACCAACAAGAACAUCUAAACCUGUGUCUCCAAGGCGACAUUCAAUUUCAUUUUCAACUUCAUUGUCAAGCUCUGACCCAGCAUCGCAAACUGGACGAACACGGGUGGACGGGAAGGAGUUCUUUCGCCAAGUCAGGAGCCGUUUGUCUUAUGAGCAGUUUGGCGCAUUCUUAGCAAAUGUUAAGGAACUGAAUUCCCAUAAACAAACCAAAGAAGAGACCCUACGAAAAGCUGAUGAGAUAUUUGGACCUGAAAACAAGGACCUCUAUGCUAUAUUUGAGGGAUUGAUUACUCGCAAUGUUCAUUGACGAUAUUGUCUAGUCUAGCCAACACGUUUCAUUUACAUCUUGUAACAAGUGAUGAUGUUCAUUGUGCUCUCUCUACGUUACUAUUUUUUCCCCUUAUUGUAAAUCAUAUGUUCAUUGUGGUGUGAUAAACUAUUCUUUGAACGCUAAAAACUUGGAAAUUUGAAUAUGAGGAGUGCCUUUUGUUGUGCGGCCA